AGUUUCUUGCCAACCUUCAUAAAACACUGAAAGAAGACGAAGAAGGAGAAGCUCGAUGGACGAGCGAGGCGGGAAGAGGCUCGAUCGUGCUUCGGCGAAUCUUGCUGAAUUUGGACUCUGACUGUUGUGAAUCCUCGACGCGGGACGCCCCUGAUCACGACUUUAGUGGACGAAAACAUCAUUCGUGCAAUCUUCGUGUCCGGUUGGAGUCGUCUCGUGCACGUUGAAGCUUCUCGGCCUAGCCUAGCCUAGCCUAGCUUAGCUUAGCUUGCCAACAAAGAGACACGUUUGUGUCAACACUUCGCUAAGCAGAACUCAAGCGUGAGCGGAAAGUGUUGUGAUAAGCACGUGAAAAUGUGUGCAAGAAGGACAGCAGAGUACGAGGAGGAACUUUGGGGAGCCAAAGAGGAGAAGGAGCCACAACGUCAAUUACUGGACACUGUGUUCAAUCUGCAGCCUCGAAUGGUGCUCCGCACAGCAGACAUCACUGAAGAUCUUCGUCCCGAGCUGCAGGCGCCAAAGCCCCCUCACAUUAAAGAGGAAGUGGAGGACGAAAAGGUCCACCACAUCAAAGAGGAUAAGGAGCCCAUUUUAAUUAAAAAAGAGGAAGAAGAAUCGAGCCUCCACAUCAAACAGGAAGAGGAGGAGGAGAUCAAGUUUCCAUCAACUGGUGUCCCUUUGAAGAGUGAAGAUGAAGGUCAAAGUGAGGAGAGCAGAGGGGCGAAGCCUCCAAGCAGCAGCUCAAGUCAACACACGACAACAGAAGGUGAUCGAGACCACUGUGGAGGAUCACAAGCAGAUGACCUCUUAGUUCCACUAUCAGAUAGUGAUGACACGACAUCACACUCCUCUGACUAUGAUGAUGAUGAUAAACAGUCUGAAGGUGAUAUGACAUGUCAGACCGACGACAAAAAAUUUAAGUGUUCUCAGUGUGGGAAAACAUUUGCUUAUAAGUAUAUUUUGAAACAACACCUGAGAACCCACACUGGUGAAAAACCUUUUUCCUGUUCAGUUUGUGGUCAAAGAUACUCACAUAAGAAAACCUUAACAAUACACACAAGAACCCACACUGGUGAGAAACCCUUUGUCUGCCCAGAGUGUGGUCAAAGAUUCUCCUCGAAGGGAAGCUUAAAAAUACAUGCAAGAACCCACACUGGAGAGAGAGCUUUUGCCUGUUCAGAUUGUGGUAAAACAUUCACUCGGAAGGGAAGUUUAAAAAUACACACAAGAACCCACACUGGUGAGAAGCCUUUUUCCUGCUCAGUUUGUGGUGCAAGAUUCAAUCAGAAGCAAUGUUUAAAACAACACACAACAACGCACACUGGUGAGAAGCCUUUUUCCUGCUCAGUUUGUGGUAAAAGAUUCCCUCGGAAGCAAGAAUUAAAAAAACACACAAGAACACACACUGGUGAGAAACCCUUUUCCUGCUCAGUUUGUGGUCAGAGAUUCUCUCAAAAGGAAAAGUUAAAAAUACACACAAGAACCCACACUGGUGAGAAACCUUUUUCCUGCUCCGUUUGUGGUCAAAGAUUCUCUGCGAAGGCAGAGUUAAAAAUACACACAAGAACGCACACUGGUGAGAAACCUUUUUCCUGCUCAGUUUGUGGUCAGAGAUUCUCUGUGCAGGGACACUUAAAAAGACACACAAGAACCCAUACUGGUGAGAAACCUUUUUCUUGUUCAGAUUGCGGUCAAAGAUUCAUUCAGAAGGGAGGCUUAAAAAUACACAUGCGAACCCACACUGGUGAAAAACCUUUUUCCUGCUCAGUUUGUGGUCAAAGAUACUCUCAUAAGAAAACCUUAACAAUACACACAAGAACCCACACUGGUGAGAAACCCUUUGUCUGCCCAGAGUGUGGUCAAAGAUUCUCCGCGAAGGGGAGCUUAAAAAUGCAUGCAAGAACCCACACUGGAGAGAGAGCUUUUGCCUGUUCAGAUUGUGGUAAAACAUUCACUCGGAAGGGAAGUUUAACAAAACACACGAGAACCCACACUGGUGAGAAGCCUUUUUCCUGCACAGUUUGUGGUCAAAGAUUCUCUGAGAAGGGAAGUUUAAAAAUACACACAAGAACGCACACUGGUGAGAAGCCUUUUUCCUGCUCAGUUUGUGGUAAAAGAUUCCCUCGGAAGCAAGAAUUAAAAAAACACACAAGAACACACACUGGUGAGAAACCCUUUUCCUGCUUACUUUGUGGUCAGAGAUUCUCUCAAAAGGGAAAGUUAAAAAUACACACAAGAACCCACACUGGUGAGAAACCUUUUUCCUGCUCCGUUUGUGGUCAACGUUUCUCUGCGAAGGCAAAGUUAAAAAUACACAUAAGAGCGCACACUGGUGAGAAACCUUUUUCCUGCUUAGUUUGUGGUCAGAAAUUCUCUCGUAAGGAUCGGGUUAAGACACACAAGUGUGCUGGUGAAAAUAGCAGUGAUCGAGAAGCUUUUAAUGAAAACGUGAAUGUUUAAUAUAAAAAGUAAUUCCUAUUUUACUGACUUACAAAAAUCUGUGUACCAGCUUUUCUUGUUGUCCACAUAUUUUCUAAAAGCCUCCUGUGGGCGAGUGUUGAGAAUUAGUACUGUUGCCAAAAUACUUGACAGGGACGAGUUCAUGGUGAGAACAUAGAGAACACACUUAUUCCACCGUUCUGGACUCAUAAAUGUCUCCAGAAAAAAAGCCUUCCAAAAUAGACUCAUUUAUCUUAGAAUUGUUUUCGAAUAAAAUAUUUGAUUUUCAGCCAGAUUUUGGUCCGCCCACAUUUUGGACAUGUCAACCCGUCUGACACGUAACGAGCUGGAGCCGAUUACAGUUCCUCAUUGAACUUCUAUGCUUUCCAUGGUGUAGUUUUGCCCAUAUUAGUCUGGGUGAAUUUUUUUAGACAAUAAUGAGUGAAAUCUCGUAAGGGAGAGCCCGGACACCCUGCGGAGGAAACUCAUUUUGGCGGCUUGUAUCCGGGAUCAUGUUCUUUUGGUCACGACCCACAGCUUGUGACCAUAGGUUAGUGUAGGAACCCAGAUCGACCGGUAAAUUGAGAGUUUCGGCUGAGCUCCUUUCAGAAUCAGAAUCGUCUUUAUUUGCCAUGUUUGUCAAAAACCUACAAGGAAUUUUUGAGACAUUGAAGAAGAAGAAAAAACAAUAACUGAGCAAUAAAAGAUUGCUAAUCUGGUAAUGCCGGUAUAUGUUUAUUUUAUUUAUUUUUUGACAAUUGUGCAAAACGAUGCGGUCCUCUAGCAAUUAGAGCAGUUUGAAAUGACUAAGAGAACAAUAGUCCGGUGCAAUGACCAUUGUGCAAAGGGCGGCGAGACUUCAAGAAAUAUAUGCAGUUUAAAGUGACUAGUAGUGCGAAAAUCUGGGACAAUGUCGAUUGUGCAAAUGUUGCAGAUGCUACACAGGCCAGUAUUGGUCAACAACAACAGAUAUGCAAAUAGUGCAGCGUGGCGAGACUACUGCAGUGACUGCUCAAGUAAUGUAAAAUUGGCCCGACAGAAAUGUGACAAACUCAAGACAAAAAAUUGGCAGCAUGUUGCAAUGGAAUUGUAGCUUAACUGUUUAAGAAGUUAAUGGCAAGUGGGAGGAAGCUGUUGGAAUGUCUGCUUGUUUUAGUUUGCAUCGUUCGGUAGCGCCUACCUGAGGGAAGGAGCUGGAAGAGGUGGUGCCCAGGAUGUGGAGGGUCCACGAAGAUUUUCCAUGCUCUUGUCUUAGUUCUGGCAGCGUGCAAGUCCUCAAGGGUGUGUAGGGGGGUACCGACAAUCUUUUCAACAGUUUUGUCUGUUGCAGUCGGAGUUUGUCCUUUUUUGUAGCACUACCAAUCCAGACUGUGAUAGAAGAACACAGGACUGAUUCGAUGACUGCUGUGUAGAACUGCCUCAACAGCUCCUGGGGCAGGCCGUGCUUCCUCAGAAGCCGCAGAAAGUACAUUCUUUGCUGGGCCUUUUUGAGCAUGGAGUUGAUGUUGAACUCCCACUUCAGGUCCUGAGAGACUCUAAUUCCCAGGAACUUGAAGGUCUCGACAGUUGACACGGGGAAGUUGGACAGCGUGAGUGCCAUCUGUGGUAGGCAAACUGCAGGGGGUCCAGCAGGGGACCUGUGACGCUCUUGAGGUGGUCCAGCACGAGGCGUUCAAAGGACUUCAUGACCACAGAGUUCAAGGAGACAGCCCUGUAGUCGGUCAGACCUGAGAUUGCAGGUUUCUUGGGGACUGGGAUGAUGGUGGAGCGUUUGAAACAGGAUGGUACUUCGCACAGUUCCAGAGAUCUAUUGAAGAUCUGUGUGAAGACUGUAGCGAGCUGGUCCACGCAGACUUUGAGGCAGGAUGGGGACACAAGGUCGGGGCCUGCCGCUUUGUUAAUCUUUUAUUGUUCUCAGCUUGGGGGGUUGGUCACUUAUUAUUGGUUAGCGAUUGUAUUCGUUAGAGUCCUUAGCUGUAAACUGUUUUUCUAACUUUACUGCAUAGUUUCUAUUUGCAAUGGUAAUUUUCUUUAGUCGCCAUUCCAUUCUUCCCUCACUCGUGAACAAGAUCCCAAGACACUUGAACUCCGCAACCGGGGGCAGGAUCUCAUCCCCGACCUGGAGAGGGCACGCCACCCUUUUUCGACUGAGUGCCAUGGUCUCAGAUUUGGAGGUGCUGAUUCUCAUCCCAGCCGCUUCACACCUCAACUGCGAACUGCUCCAGUGAGAGUUGGAGAUCACGGCUUUAUGAAGCCAACAGAACCACAUAAUCUGCAAACAGCAAAGAGGCACCAAACUGGAUCCCCUCCAUCCCUCGGCUGCUCCGAGAAAUUCUGUCCAUAAAAGUAAUGAACAGAAUCGGUGACAAAGGGCAGCCGUGGCGGAGUCUAACCCUCACCGGAAACGAGUCCAGCUUACUGCGAGCAAUGCGGACCAAACUCUGACUCCGGUCGUACAGGGACCGAACAACCCGUAUCAGGCGGGGUUCAGUAUCCUGAAGCACUCCCCACAGAACUCCCCAAGGGACACGGUCUAACACCUUCUCCAAGUCCACAAAACACACGUAGACUGGUUGAGUGAACUCCCAUGCACCCUUGAGGACCCCUGCCAAGGGUGUAGAGCUGGUCCACUCUUCCACAGCCAGGAAGAAAACCACACUGCUCCUCCUAAAUCUGAGAUUCGACUUCCCGACGGACCUUCCUCUCCAGCACCCCUAAAUAGACCUUACCAGUGAGGCUGAGGGGUGUGGUCCCCCUGUAGUUGGAACACACCCUCCAGUCCCCCUUCUUAAAAAGGGGGACCACCACCCCAUUCUGCCAAUCCAGAGGCACUGUCCCUGAUGUCCAUGAAAUGUUGCAGAGUCGUGUCAACCAGGACAGCCCCACAGCAUCCAGAGCCUUUAGGAACCGAAUCACAUCCACCUCCGGGGCUUUGCCACUGAGGGUAUUUUUAACCACCUUGGUGACCUCAACCCCAGAGAUAGGAGAGCCCACUUCAGAGACUGCGGACUCUGCUUCCUCAUGGAAAGGCGUGUCGGUGGAAUUGAGGUCUUUGAAGUAUUUUCCCCACCGACUCACAACGUCCCGAGUCGAGGUCAGCAGCGCUCCAUCCCCACGAUACACAGUGUUGAUGGUGCACUGCUUUCCGCUCCUGAGAUGCCGGAGGGUGGACCAGAAUUUCCGCGAAGCCGUCCGGAAGUCUUUCUCCAUGGCCUCACCGAACUCUUCCCAUCCCCGAGUUUUUGCUUCAGUGACCACCAAAGCUGCAUUCCGCUUGCCCAGCCUUCUUCAGCUUGACGUCAUUCCUCACCGCUGGUGUCCACCAACGGGUUCAGGGAUUGCCGGCACGACAGGCACAGACUACCUUACUGCCACAACUCUGGUCGGCCGCCUCGGCAAUGGAGGCGCGGGAGAUGGUCCACUCUGAUUCAAUGUCCCCCGCCUCUCCCGAGACAUGGGAGAAGUUCUGCCGGAGGUGGGAGUUGAAACGUCCCCAGCAGACCCUCACAACACGUUUGGGCCUGCCAGGUCAGACCGGCAUUUUCCCCCAUCAUCUGAAUCAGAAUCAUCUUUAUUUUCCAAGUAUGUCCAAAAAACACACAAGGAAUUUGUCUCCGGUAGUUGGAGCCGCUCUAGUACGACAACAGACAGUCAAUUUACAGAACACUUUGGAGACAGAAAGACAUUGACAAAAAAAGAAAACAGUCACUGAGCAGUAAAGGGUUGCUAGUUAUCUGGUAAUGCCGGUAAAGUUUUUAAAAAAAAAAUGUAUUUAUUUAUUUUUUGUUUGACAAUUGUGCAAAAAGAUGCAGAGUCCUCUAGCACUGAGAGCAGUUCGAAUGACUAAUAUUGCAAUAGUCCGGUGCAAUGACCAUUGUGCAAAGGGCGCAGAGACUUCAAGGAGUGCAUGCGGUUUAAAGUGACGAGUAGUGCGAUAAUCUGGGACAAUGUUGGUUGUGCAAAUGUUGCAGAUGCUCCUCAAUCAGUGUGCAAAUGGAGCAUGAGUGGCCAGUAUAUGCAAAUAGUGCAGCAUGGCGAGACAACUACAGUGAGUGCACGAGUAAUCCAAAGACGGACGAAAAACACAAAAACAAAAAGAAUACGAGAGAGCGCGCUACCGAGGCGACCACACUGGUAGGCGCCAUCUUAAAAUCGUAGGCAAGUCUCCACCAGGUGGUGAUCCAUUGACAGCUCCGUCCCUCUGUUCACCCGAGUGUCCAAGACAUGCGGCCGUAAGUCCAAUGACACAACCACAAAGUCGAUCAUCGAACUGUGACCUAGGGUGUCCUGGUGCCAAGUGCACGUGUGGACACCCUUAUGCUUGAACAUGGUGUUCACUGUGGACAAUCCAUGAUGAUCACAGAAGUCCAAUAACAGAACACCACUCGGGUUCUGAACAGGGGCGGGGGGGCGUUCCUCCCAAUCACGCCCUUCCGGGUAUCACUGUCAUUGCCCACGUGGGCAUUGAAGUCCCCCAGCAGAACGAUGGAGUCCCCAGCAGGAGCGCUCUCCAGCACCCCCUCCAAGGACUCAAAAAAGCGUGGCUACUCUGAACUGGUGUUUGGUGCAUAGGCACAAACAACAGUCAGGACCUGUCCCCCCCCCACCCGAAGGCGGAGGGAGGCUACCCUCUCGUCCAUCGGGGUGAACCCCAACGUACAGGCGCUGAGCCGCCUGGCAAUAAGUAUACCCACACCUGCCCGGUGCCUCUCGACGUGGGCAACUCCAGAGUGGAAGACAGUCCGACCCCUCUCAAGAGGACUGGUACCAGAGCCCAAGCAGUGUGUGGAUGCGAGCCCGACUAGAUCUAGUCUGAACUUCUCGACGUCACACACCAGCUCGGGCUCCUUCCGUGUCAGAAAGGUGAUGUUCCACAUCCCUAGAGCCCCCAGCUUCUGUAGCCGGGGAUCGGAUCGCCAAGGUCCUUGCCUUCGGCCACCACCCAGUUCACACUGCGCCUGACCCAUGGCCCCUCCAACAGGUUGUGAGCCCAUGGGAAGGGGGACCUACGUUACUCUUUCGGGCUGUGCACGACUGGGCCCCAUGGGGGCAGGCCCGGCCACUUGGGGCUCGCCUCUGAGCCCCACCUCCAGGCCUGGCUCCAGAGGGAGGCCCCGGUGACUCACCUCCGGGCGAGGAAAACCUACAUCCAUUUAUAUUGUUCAUCAUAGGGGUCUUUUAGCCGUGCUUUGUCUGGUCCCUCACCUCUGACCUGUUUGCUAUGGGUGACCCUACCAGGGGUGUGAAGCCCCAGAUAACUUAGUUCCUAGGAUCAUUGGGACACACAAACCCCUUCACCACAAUAAUAAUAAUUGUGUGACAGACGUGGACUUUGGCUGGCUGUCAUAACGUCGCCUGACCCGUGACGAGGGUCCCCCGGCCGAACGCGUUAAUGUCGCUUAAUGUCCUGAAACUGCAGCUGUUCUGAUUUGAUCUCAUCUGAUCCAUAAAAUCAAAAAUAUUAGGCUGAUCAUUGUAAUAUUUCCAGAUGUUGAAGCUGCCAUGAGUAAAGAUGUCCUCAUACAUUUUGGUGAUGAUUGUUGACAGUUUUGGGACAUGAAGCCACGUUUCUUGGGUUCAUGCAUGAGGCUUGCAAGGAUCUAGCACUCGUCCGCUGUGUUUGUAUAGUUUUAAUGAUGAAACCCUUCAUUUUUUUUUUUUUCAGCACAUUAGUGAUGGAACAUAAUUUUGGAGUACUCUCUGUUGUUCAUGUGAUGCAAUGAUAUAUGACAGCAAUUAAAGAUACAAUACCAACUUGAACAAAGCGGUGUUUGGCAACUCAAGCAAGCUGUAUUUUGUUUUUUGUUUUAUUUUCUGAAAAGUUGUCAUUUUGAAGGUGGGGGGAUUCUACCUGACAGCUCUGAUAUAUAUAUAUAUAUAUAAUGACUAAUUACUGGCACUUUAUAGUAUAGUGCAUUCCUUUUCCCACACCAGCUACGCCAGUGCUUUUAAAUUUUUCAUUUUGGCGAUGAAAAAGGGGCGUUCGAAAGUGAAUGAGUUCUUUAACAAUUGCUCCAAAAUGCAUUAUUAUUUGAAUUAGAAUUUCUUGAGCAAACAAUACAUAAAAUGAACUUGUUUGUGAAGCAUGCAAGCAAUGCAUGUAUUUUGUCCAAUGUUUUUGUGAUGUCAAUAUCAAAUAAGUGAAAGAUCAAUUGAAAUAGACUGUAAAGAAACUUUUACUUUUGGUGGUUAACUGUAACGUGUACACGUGAUCCUUAAUAAAAUACACCUCUGAAAACAGUGA